AUGUUCAUGUGUGGUCGUCGUGCCGAGUUACUAGCAGCUUUGGUAAUGACUGCAUAUAUAUUCCUUUGUCCUUUUGCUAAGGUAGAGGAGAGUUUUAAUCUUCAAGCGACGCAUGAUUUAUUGGUCUUUGGGAUUCAACACGUGGAUAAAUUUGACCAUUUAGAGUUUCCGGGAGUAGUACCACGCACCUUUUUAGGCUCAUUAAUUGUCGCAGGUAUCAGUCGACCCCUAAUUUGGAUCAUUCAGACCUUAAAUGCCCCUAAAUUUUGGAUGCAAUUAGCGACGCGAUGGGUAUUGGGUAUGAUGACACUAGGAGCUUUAGUAUUUUUUAAUGACGGCGUCGAGAUGCGCUUUGGUCGAGAUACCAGUCGCUUUUUCCUCGUUAUUUGUAGCUGUCAGUUCCAUUUGCUCUUUUAUCUAAGCCGUACUUUACCGAAUAUUUAUGCACUGGGUUUUGUGCUAAUUGGGCUUGGCUUUUGGCUUCGGGAAAAAUGGCAACGUUGUGUGUUCUUGUUUACAUUAACAACAGUGGUGUUUCGUGGAGACACAAUAGUGUUGCUUGCACCAGUGGUACUAAACAUGUUGCUAUCACGUCGAGUAUCUUUUUUCCGGAUGAUGUCGUGGGGUUUAUCGGCAGGAAUUAUAUCACUGAUUACGACGAUUCUAGUGGACUCGUACUUUUGGCAACGCUGGCUCUGGCCCGAGGGUGAGGUAUUGUGGUUUAAUACUGUGCAGAACAAAAGCAGCGAGUGGGGUGUGAGUCCACCGCUGUGGUAUUUUACAUCGGCGCUGCCUCGAGCACUACAAGCGACGGCAUUGCUGAUCCCACUUGGCCUAAGUACGCUGCUUCCGGCUCUUUUAAAAAGCCGAUCGUUGCAUGCAUUUGCGUGGACAUUCAAGACGGCGUCGCUUGUGGACUGGAGUGUGCUAUCGGUGGUGUGGCCUGUGUUUGUCUACCUGGCUCUUUACUCAUUUUUGCCCCACAAGGAGCUCCGUUUUAUCUUUAACGCGAUCCCAAUAUUGAAUAUGGUGUCGGCUGUGGGAUUUGCAAAGCUGUACCGCAAUAGAAGCAAAGCACGUUUAGCUUUUCUUGGAGCCAUUGGCUGUCUAUUGAUAACAAUUCCAGGCACGUUGUUCAUGCUCAUGGCUGCUCGAUCCAACUACCCUGGUGGUGAGGCAUUCGUGCGCUUGCACCAAGUCGCCGUAAAUGAGCGAGGAUUACAUCGCAGCGUGCAUAUUGAUGUUCCAGCCGCUAUGACAGGUGUCUCGCGGUUUGGAGAAGAGUUUCCCGCGUGGAGGUACUCUAAGGACGAAUCGUUGACUACGGUGGAUCAGUUGGUGAAGUUCGACUAUUUGCUCACAGCCAAGGACUCAGCACUACUGGAAGAAGGGUUUCAGCACAUUGCCAAUUUUGAUUCCUUUGCUGGUGUGGAAAUUGUUGACUACCGCAUUUCUUGUACGACAAAGAAGGUGGUCUUCCUCAUGCGGAAUGGCAACAGUACUCCCGGCGAAACCUAG